CAGGAGCGCGCCCAGUCGACCCUGGAGCGCGCCCAGCUGUCAGUGUCAGUGCUGUCGCGCGGGUGCCCGUCUCCCUGACAACAGCGCUCAACUUGCACGAGCUUAUCGUCACCACAUUGUGACCUCACCUGUCCAGGUGGGCUCCUUGUUGUUUACUUAUAGGCUAUUUGUCUCCACGUGACGUGUGCGUUAGUUUCCGGCAGGCGAGCGGCUAAGAGGGAAUCAGGUGAAGCGGAAGUGAAGUGAGGAGAGAGGCUCGCGCAGCUCACCUGUCCGCCAGGUGAACGACCGGAACAGAGAGAACAGGAGGAAGAGCAAGAAAAUGAGUAACCCCAUCCCGUCCAAUCUCAAGUCGGAGGCCAAAAAAGCCGCCAAGAUCCUGAGAGACUUUACCGAAAUCUCCAACAGGACCGGGCCGGACAGACUCAUCCCCGCUCAUGUGAUAGCGAAGGCGGAAGGUCUUGCCAUCAUCUCCGUCAUCAAGGCCGGCUUCAUGAUCACAGCCAGAGGAGGCAGCGGCAUCGUCAUCGCCAGGCUGGCCGACAGACGCGGAGACUCGUCAGUGGGCGGAGCCAGCGGCCAGUUGGUCGUCACGGCGACACACGCGUUCGCCGGUCAGCAGCCCGGUGACCUGAGCUUCAGCCCCGGAGACCGGAUCGCCGUCAUCACCAAGACCGACUCGCAGUACGACUGGUGGGAGGGGCAACUGGACAACGGGCGCGUCGGGAUCUUUCCCGCCAACUUCGUCACGUACUGACCGCCGCCCGGUGGUCGGAUGGGGUAACUGCAGCAGAACGACGGUUUCCAUGGAGACGUUUUAGGUUUUGUAGAGCUGAUCAAUGAUCAAUUAGUUGAUGGAAAGAGAACUAUUUUUAGAAUCAAUUUUUUUACGUCAUCGUUUCAAACACCAAAAAUAUUUAUAGUUUUAGGCUCUAAAAUGUACGUUAAGUUUUCUUGUGUUUUAUAGCCCAAAAUCAAUAAUCAAUAAAGUAAUCAGCCGAUAACUCGUUAAUGAAAAUAACAGCGUUACUAUUAUUAUUUAUUUUACACUGCCGACAAAUGAAAUUCAAAGUUUAAACUUUAUCUAAAAACAAUGAAACUAUUGAUAAUAAAACAGUUCAGUGUUGAGUUCAGGGAACUGAGCAGCGUCUGAAAUCUCAGCACUUUGUGUAUUGAACUGGUUUUACUGGAGGUGGUGGUUGGGAAACUGCACUAAAACACGUUUCUUUUUACUUUGAAAGGGGAAUUUACAUAUAAAUCUUGGAUAUUAAACUGAGGUAAAGAUUGUGUUCAUAUUAAACAGUAUUUCUGGGAUCUGUUACUGCGUCCACCUUUAGAAACGGGACACUGGUCAGUUAGUUUUGGACACUUGUGAAUGUUUCUACUUUAUAUAUAUAUAAAAAUCAUUAACUGAUGUGAUUUCAGAUUGUUAAAGGAUCAUAAAUAAAACAAAUUUA